AUGGAGUUGAUGGUAUUGUUGGUUCUGGGGGUGUUGAUUGCCUUGGCAGAUUCCAUGGGUGCAUCGUUAAAUUCACCGACAAUCAUCAGAUAUAGUAGGGAAUUUCUGCUACAGUGGAAUAUCCCUGAGGUAAAUAAACCUUCAGAUCUAGUCCUACCUGACUGGAACAACUUUAAAGAACUACGAUGUGGAGGAAGUAAUCCUACAGGUGCUUAUCCACGCCGACCCAGGAAACGCGGUAAGCGAGGAGGAGUUCGGGUAAAACUGAGGAAGCAGUCUCUCUCCCGCAUUCCUUUGCCGUCAAUCAUCCUGUCUAAUGCGCAAUCUCUUCGGAAUAAAACGGACGUGUUGCAAGCGCAGGUUCGUCUCCAGCGGGAUUUUAGAGAUUCAUGUCUGUUGGCCAUCACAGAAACGUGGCUUUCAGAUAGAGACUCGGACUCGGACAUUACUAUGGACAGGUUUGGAGCUCCGGUGCGCUUGGACAGAGAUGCCGUUGCUUCGGGCAUGUCACGAGGUGGAGGAACAUUUAUCAGAGCAGUUGCGUUACCAAAUGCAGUUAUGCUUUUUGUCAGAGCCGUUUGGAAUGAAAAUGGGAAAGAAAUGGAGGGGACCAUCCCUGAUGCCUGGGUUAAUGUAGCUGAGAAAACCCUUCGGUGGCCAAAGAAGAGAGCAAAGUAUUGUUUUGAAAACCAUGUGGCCCCUAAGGAGGACUGGGAAACUUUCCCAUUAUUGAAAGUGAAAUUUACUGCAGAAAGUCUCCAUGAGUGUGAGGAGUAUGAUCAAACCAGCCAUGCUGAACAAUGUGAAGAUGAAGACGAAGAGGUUGUUGUGCAAAAGAGGAAGAAAAAAAUGAACAAUUCUGAAGAUUUCGUUGAAGGAUCUGACUUGUCUGAUGCGACUGCUGAGGGGGAGGAUAAAGAAGUAAGGAAAGGAGAUGCCUGUCCUAAAAUUCCAGCCUUUCCCACCCCACCAAUGAAAAUAUCAAAGAAUGGUACAUCUAGGUCUGUGGGCCGUGACAAGUCAACUUGUGGUUUGUCAAGGUCCAGUUCUAUGAGCCGGGACAGUUCAAGUAGUCGUUCGUCCACGUCCGUGGGCCAGGACAGUUUAAGUAGUGUACCCAGGUCCCAGGCUGUGGAGAGCAAGUCCAUAGAUGGUCUUACACAUGAAAGUUCCAAAUACAAUAGGACUGUGCCAACCACAUUCCCGAUGUCAGAAGCGAAAUUCCAAAAAAUAGUACUCACAAAGCUGGUGACUCUGACUGAUGAAGUCAAAAAACUGCAGAGGAGCAUGCCUCACUCUGGAAUUGAAAUAACAAGGAUGGACACCUUGGAAGAGUUCCAGAGGGAGGAGGCUUCUCUUCAGGAAACAACUAAAUUUGAAACCUUGGUUUGUCAGCUGGCAAGAGUGGGGGGUAAAGACAUUAAAGACUGCACGUACAAAAUGUUGGACAGGCUCCUCACCAAUCAACUGAUGACCCUUUUCAACAUGAAGGGGAAGGGCAAAAAAGAGAAAAUGCGAUUUGAAGGCACAAAAUUGUUUUCAGCAAUAAAAGCUGCUGUCAUGAAAUGGGAUAAGGCAGCAACAGAGGCCCAAAUAAAGUCUGCUGCAGCCGAUCAUCUUAAGCAUGCCCCCGGGAGAGUCGGGGGUGGUGGCUAUAAAUGAGUUUUUUACCUUAGCAGCCACAUUUAGUUAAUUGUUACUUUAGUGAUAUGUUGUACUCCAUAAUUUAUGUUAAAGUAUUAUAGUGGAAGUGUGUGAAUUGAUAUUUUUACUUUUCUGCCUUUUUAUGCUUUAUUGUGUUAAUUUAUACUUUACUGUUCUCCCUGUUACGUUUUGGUCCAG